UUGAUUACAGUGUUUGCGAAAGUUUAAGAAGACAGUUGGUGACUUUCCUCUUUAGUUGAUCAGUCAAUUCCAACACAAGUUUCACGAUGGAUUUGGCCAGACAAACAUGGCGAAUGUUGAAGAUUGGGAAAAAGUUUACCCAUUUUUCAAAGUGCAGGUUGAUCACCACAACCUCCACCUACGGAUUCAGGGAACAAGACCCGUCAUUUGCAACUAAAAUAAUUCACGUCGCUCAGGAACCUGAACAAUGGUCAGAUGGUAAUCCGGUUGUCAUGCCAAUUUCAUUAUCGACCACUUAUAAACAAGAGGCUCCCGGCAAAUUCGUGAGUUGCGAGUAUAGCCGCUUGGGUAAUCCAACAAGAAACACUGUGGAACGAGUAGUAGCAUCUUUGGAAGGAGCAAAAUACGGACUCGCUUAUUCAUCAGGAAUGGCAGCCAUUACUACCGCCUUCAACUUACUGAGCCCCGGUGACCAUAUUGUCUCUUCGACGGAUCUUUACGGAGGCACGAGCAUCUACUUAAAACAAGUCGCUGAUCGUUUGAAUAUCAAAACAACUUUCGUUGACGUCACGGACCCUACCAAUAUCGAGAAAGCUAUCAAAGAGAACACAAGGUUGGUCUGGAUAGAGACGCCAUCUAAUCCGGGACUGAACCUGGUCGAUAUCGAGAAAGUCUCCGCCAUGGUCCGCAGCCGAGACAACGUCCUUCUUGCAAUUGACAAUACGUUUUUAUCGCCUUAUUUUCAGAGACCAUUCGAAUUUGGGGUAGAUAUCGUCGUGCAUUCAGCAACGAAAUAUCUCAACGGCCAUUCGGACGUGGUGAUGGGAAUACUUUUGACAAACGAUGAUCAAGUACACGAUCGACUUCGUUUCCUUCAAAAAACUAUCGGUGCUGUUCCUUCGCCCUUUGAAUGUUACUUGCUGAAUCGCGGAUUGAAAACGUUGCCUUUUCGCAUGCGCCAACAUAUGGAAAAUGGACUAGCUGUGGCACGUUUCUUAGAAAAACAUCCUUGCGUUGAGCGCGUUUUGCAUCCAGGUUUAUCGUCGCAUCCCCAACACGAACUGGCCAAGCGGCAGAGUUACGGCCACAGUGGAAUGAUUACGUUCUUCCUUAAAGGUGGUAAAGCCGAGUGCAGGGCUUUCGUUAAACACCUUAAAGUUGUCAUUCUAGGCGAAAGCUUAGGAGGAUACGAAAGCUUGGUGAAAAUCCCGGCCCUUAUGCCUGAAAGUUACCAGCUUGGUGUUCCAGUCAACUUGAUUAGAUUAUCCGUUGGCUUGGAAUAUGUGGGAGACUUGAUAGCAGAUCUGGACCAGGCACUCAAGGCAGCAGUCCGUCCGCUGUAAUGUUGACUGAUACCCGUAUAUCUUUCUAGCUACUCGAGAACCAUGUUUGCUGCUUCUAGUUUUGAUUUAAUGGGCUCCAUUUAAUUAAUCAUACGAAUUAUAACAAUAUUGCACAAUGUUCGUUGGCAGAGGUUUCAUCUAACGUUUCUUCCAAUAUAAAAUCGUGAAAGGUUUA